AUGGAAGUUGCACUUGAUGGAAGCACUGAAGAAAAUGGAUUCUUUCAUCUUGAUGAGCGGUUUAAGUUAGCGAAUGAAGUAAAUAUUAGUGAACAUUUGAGCCUAGCCUCAAAUAGAACUAACUUUGAGCAAAUAUAUUCUGAUGAGAGUGAGGGUUCUGAAGCAGAAAACCAAGAAGAUGAUACAAAUGAAGAUGAUAGAGACGAACCAGUUUAUUUUAACUACUCUGAUCCAGAUGAGGAAGAAUGUGGUUCUAUACCAGUAGCCAGUUCAUCACCUUUUCCUGAUCCUAGUGGCCUUCCACGCAUCCCUCUUAUAGGUGGUUCUGUACCAGGACCCAGGUCAUCACCUUUGCCUGAUCCUAGUGGCCUUCCACGCAUCCCUCUUACAGGUGGUUCUGUACCAAGAGCUAGGUCAUCACCUUUACCUGAUCCUAGUGGCCAUCCACUCAUCCCUCUCACAAUUGGUUCUGUACCAGGAGCAAGGUCAUCACCUUUUCCCGAUCCUAGUGGCCUUCCAUGCAUCCCUCUUACAGGUGGUUCUGUACCAAGAGUCGGGUCAUCACCUUUGUCUGAUCCUAGUGGCCUUCCACGCAUCCCUCUUACACGUGGUUCUGUACCAGGAUCCGAGUCAUCACCUUUGCCUGAUCCUAGUGGCCUUCCAUGCAGUGGUUUUGUAUCAGAAGCCAGGUCAUCGCCUUUGCCCGAUCCUAACCUUAGUGGCCUUCAACACAACCCUUUUUUGGUUGGUUCAGCAUCGAGAUCCAGGUCAUCGUCCAACCCUAAUGGCCUUCCACACAUCCCUUUGUUGGGUGACCUUUCAUGCACUUCAGUUAGGAUGGCAAGGUCAUUAUUCUCAGGGAGUAGUAGCAUGGGUGACAUAAAUACCCACAUGGGCUUGACUGAUGCUAUAGCAGAUACAGGGGUGGUACAUAAUGGUGGGAAUGGCAUUGCAUAUGGUUAUGAGAUGGCAGGCAACAAUGAAGACACUACUAGUGAUUUUUUAUAUAAUAGGCCUGAGCAUGAACAUGAGCCUGAGCAUGGGCAUGAGUCUAUGCAUGAGCCUGAAUCACCAAUGGUUCAGACGCCCCAUUAUUCGUGUACGCAUGGUGGAUCAAAUGAUGCAGAUUUGAAUGGCUCUCAUAGGCCAUUUAUCACACGAAAGGGGUAUAAGUUUGGGAGACAAAGUAUUCAUCGGGCGAUCUUAAAGAUAUUUUGGCAGUUUAUAAAUGAACCUUGGAUUACUUAUAGAAAAAUUCCGAAGGAAGUUGUCACUCAAAUGUUUGAGCGUUUCAGGACUCAAUACAGGUGGGAUCCAAAUGAAGAAGGAAUAAUUCGUGAAGGUUUUGAGAAUACACUGAAAGAUCGCUACAGGGGUAGAAUGAUGGAUGCUAGGGAAGCAUCGGAAUCAUAUAACAAAGCCCUAUCUAAAAAAUAUGGCGAUGAUUCAACUCAACAUAAUGUGAAUGAUCCUGAAUUGUGGACCCAAACACAAUUGCUUAGGAAAGGUGGGAAACAAAAAGGUCCUAUCUAUGGGGCAGGAUACUCGGAUCUUCACUUUCUGAUGACGGGUACAUAUUCUUAUGAGUCAACUUCAGCUUCUGCUGACUUUGAAAAGUCACAACAGGAGGGAUGGGAAGAUGCUGAAGCUUUCCUUGUUUCAGUCAGUUCUUCACGAUUUCAUUUUCAAAGAUUUCUAGUUGUUUGUUCAAAAUUUAAGAUGUGUUGGCUGUCUGCCUUUGAUAACCCAUCAAAAUCCCUGCUAGACGAUAAAGUUGUUGCAAUUUUGAUGAACAUGUUAACUGCUCAUAAUGAGUACGUUCGUACUUUCAAAACUGCUCGUGACCUUGUUGCUGAAAAAGAGUUGGUAUCUUACACGGUUUUCCUUUUUAAUGAUGUUCCUGAUAGGCGCCAUAGUCCGCCUACAGCUGGUAGCCUUGGAUGUAUUGUUUUAGGAGAUGACUGCGUUACAAACAAGUAUAUCAUUAUUGUACAUUCAAGGUCUGGGAAACCGCAGCGAAUUAGCAAGCUUCAUCCGAGUUAUAUGGUGUUACAGUAUCCUUUGCUUUUCCCGUAUGGAGAGAAUGGGUGGUCACCACAUUUGAAACAGUCGAAUGAAACGGGUGUCAAUGCAAAGAACCUAACGGUAAACAUGUACUAUAGUUACCAUAUUCACGCCCGUUACGGUGUUUACUCCCUCCUACUUAACGUGUGUAGAUUAUUCCAGCAGUACUUAGUAGAUGCAUAA